CCCAAAAAGGCAAAAGACCCUAUUUUCUUCCUACUACACACGAUCACAGUCACAGAUGUCCAAGAGCAAGCGUUUGGAAAAGGGAAAGCAAGCGUAGGGCAACGGCUUUACCGGCAUCACUUCGGUCAGUGGUUAAUCAAGCUUUUAUCUGUGAAUCAGCGUUUGUUUUGUUGCUCUUCUACUUAUGAGUGACAAAAACUUAGCCAACACAAGACAACCAUCUGGAGAAGUUGAUUUUGGCGGAGUAGGAGAUUUUGAAGCUAAAAAUGUACAAAUUCUUUCAGAGGAUAAUGAUGCUUCCAAUAAACAGAUUAAGUGUUCAAUUGAUAGGCUUAGUGCAUUGCCAGAUUGCUUAGUUAUUCACAUCCUUUCUUUUCUGGAUUUGAAGAAAGCUGCUAUUACGAGUGUUUUGGGUAAAAGAUGGAGAUAGCUUUGGGCAGAGUUGCCCAAGCUUGAGUUCGAUUUCUGGGGGAGCAGGUAUGAGGAAACUAAGAAAAUAAGUGUCUUUGUGGCUUGGGUUCAUAAGACCCUUGCUACUCGUCAUGGGAAGUAUCUGGAGAAGUUGACAGUUAGAUUUCCCUACCACAAAUGUUUUUCUUCCGAUGUUGAUAACUGGCUUGAGUUUGCUUCAAAAAACAAGGUGAAAGAAAUUGAUUUUAACCUAAUCACCCCGGAAGAUUUCUAUACUCUUUGUGACAGGAUGUAUUCAUACCCUUCCUUGACAUCAUUGUCGUUGAGUGGAUGCAUUUUGAAUCCUGAAAGAAAAAUUGAGUGGCAGUCUUUGACUUCAUUAGAGAUUUCAAAUAUGGAUCUGCCUCAGAGUGUGGUUGAAAAAGUACUAUCAUGUUGUUCAGUUUUGAAUAGCUUGAAUCUGCGGACUUGUUGGGGAUUUACUUGUUUGGAUAUAAACUCCCCAAAUCUUUGUAAGCUUCGAGUGCAUGACUCCAACAAAGAUGAAAGUGAAAAUUUCCUUGAGAUCUCGGCACCCUAUCUAAAAUCUUUGGUUCUUUCGUUGUAUCCGAUAGAAAGAAAGUUGAAGCUCACUAACCUUUCAUCUCUUGUUAGUGCUCAUUUUAGAUUCGCUGGAUCUACUUGGGAUCCAAUGUAUGAGGAUGUCCUCAGUAACACGAAAGAAAUCUUUGAAAACAUUCAACAUGUCAAGGAGCUUGAGCUUGGUUAUGAGCUCCUAGGGGCUAUAGCAGCAUUGGCGCUGGAUGCUAGUUGGCAGCUUCCCAAAUCCACUCGAAAGAGUUUGAAAAUAAAUAUGUUUAUGAAUGGUGAGGAUUAUGUUUCUGCCAUUGUAAGUCUGCUUGAAUCCUCUCCUGAUCUGGUGGCAUUGGUCAUAGAUUGCGAUGAUCCAUUUGGGGUGGAGGAGGAUAGUUGGGAACCACCUGCAAGGGGUGAUUUAGGGUGUGACUUAUUGCACCUGAAGACGGUUGAGUUGAUUGGCUCGGCAGAUGCAGUUCUUGGCGGUGAACCAUUGCUUACAUUGGCACGAGUCAUUCUCAAGAGGGCAACAACCUUGGAAAAGAUGUCAAUUUUGGUAACUACUGAAACUAUAGAUGAAUUUGUCAAGAUAUGUCAAACCUUGCUCACUUACCCGAGAUCCUCACCAAACGCAGCCAUCCACUUCCUUUAGAGCAUUGCUUUUUUCUUUUGUUUUGACAUUCUUCCGAUCUUUAUCAAAUGUCCAAUAUAGCGUAUAUGUAUUUAGACACGAAUUUAUAUCAUGUCUUUCAUACAUCAACUUGGAUGUGCCCCUUGGUAUAUGCAGGGGACCCACGAUUUCAAGUCAACGACAGUGAAUUAUUUUUUGUUGGUGAAUUUAUUUUCGCUAGUGCAUUGAGGCAAAUUUUUUCACUAGUGUAGA